AUGGCCCAGGCACCCGAGGCUGCAGAGCCGCUUUAUGGUGGGUACUCCCGCUUCGAGCUCGAACUGGAGUUUGUGCAAUGUCUGGCGAACCCGUGGUACCUGAACCACCUCGCCGCCCAGAAGCAUCUCGACAACCCGGAUUUCGUCGCGUACCUCGACUACCUGCAGUACUUUAGGCAGCCCAAGUACGCAAAGUACCUCACGCAUCCGGGCCCGACGCUGCGUGCCCUGCAGUUGCUGCAGCAGGAACACUUCCGGCGAGAGAUCAUCAUGCCCGACACGGUCGGCAGGAUGAUUGAAGAAGGCGUCAGAGCCAGCGCCGGCGAUCGGUCUUGA